AAUGACAGGAAUCAGUUGCGCACUGGGCGACCUCCUAAUGACAUUGGAGUGUUCAAAAUAUAAGGAAAAGUGAACCUGUCACUAGUUAAAUAUUCACUUAAAAAAGUAAAAACAUUACUGCACUGAAUAGUCGACAUACGAUCUAUUUACCUUCUAGAGGUUAUUAAACAUGGCACUUAGUACACUAGAUGUAGAAACAACCCCCUUCGAAGGCCAAAAGCCCGGUACAAGCGGGUUAAGAAAGAAAGUCAAAGUAUUUAUGGAAAAACAUUAUACAGAAAAUUUUAUACAGUGUAUAAUAAACGCUCUCGGGGAUAAAGCUAAAGGAUCCACAUUAAUUGUUGGAGGAGAUGGCAGAUAUUUUUCCAAACAAGCUAUAAACAUUAUUAUAAGGAUUGCAUCUGCAAACGGGGUAUCUAAACUGCUUAUUGGCCAACUAGGAAUUCUUUCUACACCUGCCGUAUCAAGUCUUAUUAGACAUCACAAAGUAUUAGGAGGAAUUGUGUUGACGGCUUCUCACAAUCCUGGUGGUAUCCGCAAUGAUUUCGGUAUCAAAUACAACAUUGAAAAUGGAGGUCCAGCUCCUGAUCAUGUUACUGAUGCUAUCUAUGAACAUACUACCAAAAUAAAAUCGUAUAAAUUCACGCCUAAAUUGGAAACCGAUAGACUUAUUGAUAUUUUAGGCACAACUACCUUCAAUGUGGAUGGACGUGAUUUUGUCGUUGAAGUAAUCGACUCUUCAGAGAAUUACGUGUCUCUUAUGAAAGAGAUAUUCGAUUUCAAAAAAUUAAGAACUCUCAUCCGUGGAACUGAACAACGUCCACCGUUUAAUGUACUUAUUGAUUCAAUGAAUGGAGUUACUGGAGUAUAUGUUAGACGUAUUUUUGUCGACGAGCUAGGAGCUAGUCCAGACAAUAACGUUUGCAGAAUUGUUCCAUUAGAUAAUUUCGGUGAAAUACAUCCAGAUCCCAAUCUCACAUAUGCCAAAGAUCUCGUAGAUAAAGUUAAAGCUAAUCCUAGUUACGAUUUGGGAGCAGCAUUUGACGGAGACGGAGAUCGUAAUAUGAUUAUCGGUAAAAACGCUUUCUUCGUUACCCCGAGCGACAGUUUAGCUGUAUUAGCUAAUAAUCUGGAGUGCAUUCCAUAUUUCAAAAAACAUGGGGUUCGAGGUUUCGCAAGAUCUAUGCCAACAGCUGCUGCAGUUGAUAGGGUUGCUGAGAAAUUGGGCAAAGAAAUGUUUGAAGUUCCAACAGGUUGGAAAUACUUUGGUAACCUAAUGGAUGCUGGUAGGUUGUCUCUUUGUGGGGAAGAAAGUUUCGGUACGGGAUCGGAUCAUAUCCGAGAGAAAGAUGGUAUAUGGGCUGUACUCGCAUGGUUGUCGAUUAUUGAACACAAAAAUAUGAGCGUAGAAGAGAUUUUGAAAGAACAUUGGAGUAUAUACGGAAGAAACUACUUCACCAGAUACGAUUAUGAAGAAUGUGAGAGUGACGCGGCAAAUGCGAUGAUGAAACACUUGGAAAAUUUGAUAGAAACCAACGGCCUAAUAGGAAAAUCUUUUGCCUACAAUAGUAAAAACUUCACCGUCACCAAAGCCGAUAACUUCUCUUAUGUUGAUCCCAUUGACAAUAGCGUUACUAAAAAUCAGGGUAUAAGAAUUUUAUUUGACGACGGCUCAAGAUUAAUCUAUAGAUUGUCAGGUACAGGAAGCAGCGGUGCUACAAUAAGAGUAUAUAUUGACAGUUAUGAAAAGAAAAACGUUCUCUCUGAUGCACAAGAAAUGUUGAAACCUCUAAUUGCAGUUGGUUUGGAAAUUUCUCAACUGAAGAAAUUCACCGGCCGUGACGCCCCUACUGUUAUUACAUAAAAAGUCUAGUUUAAAAAAAUCAGUCAUAUUAGGUGCAAGUGAGGUAUUUCGUGACUAGUUUUUUUUGUAAUCUGAACAAGUAAUUUUUCUCAACUACCUAUUAUAUUUUGUUACAAUUUUGAUGAAAUUAUAUUUUGAAUUGUUUUUAUUGUUAUCUUUUAUUCGAACAUUUAUAUAGGAAUACUAUAUCAUUCCGGUGUAGCUUGCAAUACUGCCAUAUGGUAAAGUAACAGAUACUGUUGAAACUGGCAAAAGAAUAAAAUAAUGUUUAAAUAUAAUGUGUUUCUGUUAAUUGUGGUAACACAGACAUUAAUAAAAAUUUAUGUUUGAA